AUGAAUGUUAUUCCGAAACUAUGUGAUGUGACUGUUUUAUUGUUAUCAAUAUUGUGCCUACGUGAAUGCACAGAAAAAUUUCUACAUGAUGUAGACCGAAAGUAUCAUCUAGUCUCUGAGACGUAUCAGGUAGCAAAGGACUUAUUCAACCAAGGCCGAGCCAAUUACAACAGAUUAAAAAAUAUAUCGCUCAUCACCCUGGAUACAUUUUUGGAUCUCGUGAAAAUAAUGAAUGAUGAAAUGGCGCGUGACUUGAGAAGCGCAGUUGUUAAAUAUUACAAGAUAAAAUAUUUCUAUGAUUUCACGAACUAUGUUAUAUCUUUGGAUGAGAUGAUAGAAAUAACGGAACACUGCCUAGCAGACCCUGUCGAGAAACUGCAACAGAUCCGCGAUCAGUUCCAUCAGGUGAUAAAAAAUUUUGAAGAUGUACGACAUUUUGAUACUGUCAAUAAUUGUCGUAAAGAAUUACCUGAUGAGGUGGCAGCAGCUCAUUGCAUAUUACAUCAAGCUGUGCUUUUCAAUGAAACAAUGCAAGAGAGUCUCGUCACGAUAGUGGAAAUAAAGACUCGACAACACGCCCAAGAAAUGAAUCACUCCCUCUACAAUGUUCAGACAUGCUUCGGCGACUUUGUCCCCAAGUUCUUUGAACAGCUCCUCCUGAAUUCCUACACGAACAACUGCCAAUAUUUAAGGGUGGUGAAUGCAUCUAUAGCAGAUCUCGUGAAAGACAAACGGAAGAACAAUAAUACUGUUUUCCCUAAGAAAUGGGGUCCAUUAGUGAAGUUGUUAAAAGAGAGGACGAAAAGCCAGCAGAGACUCCAAGAGCCAUUAUUCAUAACACUAUUCGCGGCAAACUUAUCUUCGCAUGAUGUACUGAAAACUUUAUAUUAA